AUGGCAUGGCAAACAAGCAGACUGGAUGAGAAAAAAAUCUGCUGCUCGAUCUGUUUGGAUCUCCUGAAGGAUCCGGUGACUAUUCCCUGUGGACACAGCUACUGUAUGAAGUGUAUUAAAAGCUACUGGGAUGAAGAGGAUCAGAAGAACAUCCAGAGUUGCCCUCAGUGCAGACAGACCUUCAUACCGAGGCCUGCUCUGAAGAAAAACACUGUCUUGGCAGAGUUAGUGGAGGAGCUGCAGAAGACUGAACUCCAAGCUUCACCUGCUGAUCAUGGCUAUGCUGGACCUAAAGAUGUGGCCUGUGAUGUCUGCACUGGGAGGAAACUGAAAGCCAUCAAGUCCUGUCUGCAGUGUCUGGUCUCUUACUGUGAGCAGCACCUCCAGCCUCACUAUGAAUCUACUGCCUUUGAGAAACACAAGCUGGUGGACACAUCAAAGAGGCUUAAGAAAAUCAUCUGUUCUCAACACAGUGAGGUGAUGAAGAUAUUUUGCCGCACUGAUCAGCAGUGUAUCUGUUAUUUGUGCUCCAUGGAUGAACAUAAAGGCCACGACACAGUUUCAGCUACAGCAGAAAGGAAUAAAAAGCGGAGAGAACUUGGGGUGAGUCGAAAGAAAAUCCAAGAGAGAAUCCGGGACAAAGAAAAAGACAUAAAGGUGCUUCAGGAGGAGGUGGAAGCCAUCACUCAGUCUGCUGAUAAAGCAGUGAGGGACAGUGAGAAGAUCUUUAAUGAUGUAAAACAGCAGAUCAGAUCUCGUCAGAAAGCUGAAGUGUGUCGUGCAAGAGAGCUUCAGGACAGAAUAGAGAAUGAGAUCACUGUGCUGAAGAGGAAAGAUGCUGAGCUGGGGCAGCUCUUUCAUACACAGGAUCACACCCACUUUCUCCAGACGUACACCUCACUGUCACAUGUGCAUGAAUCUGUUGGAUCACUCGACAUUAAAACAUGUACUUUGCAGUACUUUGAGGAUGUGAUGACAACUGUGUCAGAGUUCAAACGUAAACUACAGGAAAUCCGGUUUGGCGCCGCAGUCUCACAGGUGGCUGUAGUUCAGGAGGUAGAGCAGGUCACCUACUGA